AUGGCGAAACUCGAUAUGAGGAAACCUAGUAAAGCAGGAAAAUCUGCUAAACCAUUAAAGAGAUCACUGGCUCACACUACUAAAAAGGCUGCUCGACCACCACCUCCAGCAAAGUCAACAUCCAAAAAACAGAAAACCAUAUUCAAGGAUCAAGAACAAGACGAUCACGUUGAAGAAUUGGCUGUGUUGGAACAGGAUGAUGAAAUGAUGGACGAUACAGACGACGUUGGUGUUGUAGAUGCUAGUGGAGAACUGUCAGAAGAUGAAGACGCAGAUGCCAUGCAACAAGAUGAUGAUGACGACGAGGAUGUAGAGCCUGAAGAAGGUGAUGAGGCUGUAGAUGGUGCUGAAGCAGAUCCAGAGAAUCCUGCAAAGAAACCUCGUACGGCUGAGGAGAUUGCUAAAUCACGGAAGGAGCAGAAACGUUUGCUUGAAGAACGUCGAGGGCAAAAACCACAUGCUGAUAUGAUAACAUCGGCUAAAAAGUUAUGGGAAAAGCUGAGACACAAGGAGACUAAAUCUGAUGGUCGAGCUCAAGUUAUGAAGGAGCUUAUGGAACUUGUGUCUGGUCAUAUUCAAGAGUUGAUCUUCAAACAUGAUGCCUCACGAAUCAUACAGUCCAUGCUCAAGUUUGGAAACAGUGCACAACGAGACUCUAUUGCUGCUGAACUCAAGGGUUCGUUUGUUGAACUGUCGAAAAAGCAGUAUAGUCGAUUCCUGGUUUCGAAGGUUCUCAACUACUGCCCAAAGUUUCGAGAUGCAGUAAUGAAGGAAUUCCAUGGUAAAAUCCGAAAACUUAUGAGACAGAAAUCUGCUUCGCUAGUUAUUGAAGAAGCAUACACCCAAUACGCCAAUGCUCAGCAACGAGCUCAACUCAUUGAAGAAUUCUAUGGUCCCCAAUAUGCUCUGUUCAAGGGAACUGGUGGUUCUUCGUUGGCAGCUCUAUUGGAAUCCAGCGAAGCUAAAAAGCCAUAUGUAUUAAAACACCUUCGAGAAGCUCUGGAUGGUAUCAUAGAUAAAGGGAGUGCUGACAUUGGACCACACAGCAUAGUCCACCGAGUAUUACUAGAAUACUUGACUCAUGCCAAAACAUCUGACGUGGUUGCCAUGAUUGAACCACUAAAGGACCAGAUUAUUCGAAUCUUGCAUACGCGGGAAGGCGCUCGUGUUUCUCAAAUCUUGUAUAGUCAUGCAGGUGCCAAGGACCGUAAACAUAUCAUAAAGACGAUGAAAUCAUAUGUCGUAAAAGCCGCCAAGGAACAAUAUGGGUUUACCGUACUGAUUACUAUACUAGAGUCUACUGAUGAUACCGUGCUGAGUGGUAAAGCCAUUAUCGGUGAAUUGACUGCUGAUGUAAAUGUCCUAAAGACACUCUUGCUCGACCAAUAUGCCUCACGAGUAGUAUUGCAUGCUUUAUGUGGUCGUCAUAAACGAUACCUGUCUGCUGCUGUUGUCUUCGAUUUGGCUUCUCUAGACGCUACACGUGCCACCACUUGUAGGAAGGAUGAUGCUCAGAAACAUACUGAGUUGCUGAAUGUAUGGUCUACUCCAUUAAAGGAAGUCAUCAACCGACACUUUGAAUUACUCGUCAAGGAAAAGACAUCUAGUCAUAUAGUAGCAGAAGUAAUGAAACAAUACGCAUCACAUGAUGAUGCCGCCGAACUACUAGAUAACUUUACGAAUUCCCUAUCAGCACCUAUCGAAACCCUAGAAGAAGUCGCCGACCUCCCGGUCUUAAAACAACCUAAAAAGCCCUUCCAUGCUAUAAAAGCUUUGUCUGCUGAAGCAGCCAAAGCCGCCAGCGCUGCCAACGCAAUACCAGUAACAGUAGCAUCCACCGAACACGUCCUAAUCAACCGCACUUCAAACACCAUGAUUAAAGAACUCAUCACAUCAGGUCGACGACCACCUACAGAUCUACCACCACCAGGACCCGAUAAUAAAGUCGCUGAAGUAAUCUCGGAUACAAUCGCGAACGCAAUCCAGCCCGCGAUUGCGUCAUGGUUGGAAUACUGUGCUAAAGAUCCUAGACGUACUAGUGGAACAGCUUUUGUGCUUGUCGCGUUGGUGGAAUGUGGAACGGAGCAUGCGAGAAAGGUUGUUUUGGCUGGUGUUAAGGCUUAUGGGGAAAAGAAAUUGGAAGCGGCCGCUACUGCUGCUGCGGGAAGUAAGAGUGACGGUGAUGCAGGCAAGGCUGAAAAGAAUUCCAAGAGGAAGAGGGAUGUGCCUGAUGUUGCUGUUACUGCAGCGCCUGGUGGCGGCAGUGGUUUGCAGGUGUUGUUGGGAAGAUAUCAGGAGCUUAAAAAGUAG